GGCAUUGUUUGGUCUGAAUUUCAAAACGGGGAAGACGAUGCGUUACGCGCUGGACUUAUUGUUACUGAACAUGCUCUGCUGGGGUGGACAAGCUCAAGAUGUUGUGCUGACAACUGAGCCCAACUGGUCCACGUUUUAUUUGGGAGAGUCUGUUACCUUCAGAUGUUACGUGAACGGAGGAGAAGAGACGAACUGGGAAUACAAAAUCACCAGGAGGAGUGAAGAUACUUUUGCCUACGACUUACAGAAAAGCUACACGCUAGAAGACCUGAAGAUCACUGAAUUCCAGUGCUCUGCUCGCAGGAGAGGAGUCUAUAAAAAGAGCAAAACUAUCUAUUUGAUUGUUUUAGCGGAGAAACCCAGAGCUACGCUGACAGCAGGUCCAACAACCAUACCAGUAGGGGGCAGUGUGACACUGAGAUGCUUGAUAGAGAGCUCCGUUGGACGGAAAUACAGAUGGUUCAGACUGAUUUCAGGCACCUCUGAAGAGAUCAGCACAGGUCAUGAAGAAAACAGAGCCAUCACUGUGAAACAAGGAGGAAUCUACUGGUGUGAAGGACAGAGAGAAAAACCACCAUUCUACAGCCGACCCAGCCACGACGUCACCGUUAAAAAAACUUUAUCCAACAAGGUUGUAGUGUCCUGCCAGCCAAACGGCCCCCAUAUCAUCAUUGGUGAGACGAUCACUCUGACAUGUGAGGUCCAGGGAGGAGAAACCGCUGCGUGGGUUUGUGACUGGAGGAGAUCUGGGUCAUUCAUACACAGGACAUGCAGUAAAGACUGGACUUUCAGAGUCUCUGAGUCCAGCAGUGGAGACUACAUUUGUCAUUGCAGGAGAAGAGACGACUGGUAUGCUUUGACAAGGUGGAGUGAAAAUAUCACACUGUCUGUAUCAGUUUCCAAGAAGGUUUUUGUGACUCGACAACCAAACUGGCCUCAGAUAUUCAGUGGUGAGUGGAUCACUCUGACAUGUGAGAUCCAGGGAGGAGAAACCACUGAGUGGACGUGUGACUGGAGGAGAGACGGGUCGGUUAUCCUCAGGACAGACAGUAAAGCCUGGACUUUUAGAGUCUCUGAGUCCAGCAGUGGAUGUUACAUGUGUCAAUGUAGAAGAAGAGACGACUGGUUUUCUUCAACAAGGUGGAGUGAAACUAUCAAACUGUCUGUUGCAGGUAAACCCAUGGCCACACUGAGAGUAGGUUCAACAACUAUACCAAUAGGGGGCAGUGUGACACUGAGCUGCUCAGUGGAGCCCUCUGCUGGAUGGAAAUACAGAUUGUUCAGACAGACCUCAGACACACCUGAAGUUCAGGUGAGAACAAAUAAUGAGGGAAACAGAGACAUCACUGUGACACGAGGAGGAAUCUACAGGUGUGAAGGAGAGAGAGGAAGAGCAGAAUCCUACAGUGGAUCAAGUGACGAGGUCACCGUCCAUAUAAGCUUUUCCAAUGAGGUUGUUGCAACUCGACGACCAAACUGGCCUCAGAUGUUCAGCGGCGAGACGAUCACUCUGACAUGUGAGGUGCAGGGAGGAGAAACCACUGAGUGGACGUGUGACUGGAGGAGAUCUGGGUUGGCGUCUCACAGGGCAUAUGGUAAAGACUGGACUCUCAGGCUCUCUGACUCCAGCGGUGGAGACUACAUGUGUCGUUGCAGGAGAAGAGACGACUGGUAUUCUUCAACGAAGUGGAGUGAAGCCAUCACACUGUUUGUGUCAGACAAACCCACAGCCAAACUGAUGGUAGGUCCAACAACCAUACCAGUAGGGGGCAGUGUGACCUUGAUCUGCUCAGUGGAGCCCUCUGCUGGAUGGAAAUACAGAUUGUUCAGUUGGCCCUCACACACACAUGGAGUCCAAGUCAGAACUAACAAUGAGGAAAACAAAUAUUUCACUGUGGCACAAGGAGGACUCUACAGGUGUGAAGGAGAGAGAGGAAAUCCUAAAUUCUACACUGAAUCAAGUGAUGAUGUCACUAUCCAGAUAAGCUUUUCCAACGAGGUUUUCGUGGCUCGACAACCAAACUGGCCUCAGAUGUUCAGUGGUGAGUCGAUCACUCUGGCAUGUGAGGUCCAGGGAGGAGAAACUACUGAGUGGACGUGUGAAUGGAUGAGAUCUGCGUCGGUCAUACAGAGGACAGACAGUAAAGACUGGACUUUCAUUGUGUCUGAGUCCAGCAGUGGAGACUACACGUGUCAGUGUAGACCCAGAGAUGAUGGGCUUUCUUUAACACGAUGGAGUGAAGCCAUCACACUGUCUGUAUCAGUAACUGUGUCCAGUCCGGCCAGCUCUUCAUUUCCUGUGAUGUUUAUCAUUGGACCACUUGUUGGAAUCAUCCUCAUCAUUCUCCUCCUCUUGUUGUGGCGUUACAGACUGUCAAAGGAUUUGUCCUGUCUUAGGUCAUUCCAGUCUGAAAGCAGCAGCCGGAGGCCGACCGCUAAUCAUGGAGCGAACAAGACGGAAGGUGAUUACAGCUCUCUGCUGCACGGCACCACUUCUAUCUAUCAAAUUAUCCUUCCGCGUGGAGCCGCUGGAAAUGAGAGACCUUAUCAUCAAGAGGACAGUUCUGUUUAUGUCAACGUGAGACCAGGAAAUAACAGCUCAGCCUGAAGGUCAUAUGAGACAAUGUUCCUGCCACACAUAUAGAAGUUCUACUUACAGUUCUGAUUUUUGUUAUGAAUUUACUACCAUAUCCCAGCUGUCUUUAUUCUCUAACAAAGUUUGCUGACAAUAAUCACAUUGCUGUGUUUUAAAAAUGUAUCCUGUGAUUUGCCUUGUAGGGUGCAUGCUGUGCUGCUUUAUUCUGCGCUGUAAUCUAAUAACUCAAAUAUGAGCUGAUUUAAUCCAGUUAUAUCUCUGCAAAAGUAACUUAUUACCAAGAUUCAUAAAAUGAAAUAUGAAAAUUGCUGCCAUUACUCUUAUUCAGCAUUUGUAGCUUUUCUGCUUUUCCUAUGCAUGCAGUCAAAACAAUAUUUGUGCCGUUUGA